AUGGCACAGAGAAUCUCUGGUGGCACAGAGUGCAGACGUCUCCAUAUCAUGCCACUCACACCCACCUACACACAGAGAACCAGUUCACAGAUUUACUUAUUUUCAGGUUCAGAGUCCAACAGUAAGACAGUUGUACAUCAGUCUGUGUCUAAAUCAGUCCAGCCAGGAGACUCUGUGUCUCUAAACUGUACAAUACACACUGAGACCUGUGCAGGAGAACACAGUGUCUAUUGGUUCAGACAUGGCUCAGGAGAAUCCCAUCCAGGAAUCAUUUACACCCAUGGAGACAGGAGUGAUCAGUGUGAGAAGAGACCUGAGGCUGGGUCUCCUACACAGAGCUGUGUCUACAACCUCCCCAAGAGGAACCUCACCCCAUCUGAUGCUGGAACUUACUACUGUGCUGUGGCCUCAUGUGGGGAGAUAAUCUUUGGGAACGGUACCAAGCUGGACAUUGACCAUGGUUGUAAGGAGGACCAUCUUCUGUUCAUGUACUGCCUUGGCGUAGCAUUGGGUCUGUGUGUCAUCCUCAUCAUUGUCCUUACUUGUGUUUUGUACAAGAUGAGCAAGUGCAUAGGAACCCACCUUCAGCCAAGUACUCCUGCAGUCCCCAGUCAUGAUAACCAGGAUCAAGGUGUUGACACACUCCAUUACGCCGCUUUGAAUGUCACCCACAAGAAACCAAAGGCCAGGAGACAGAGGAGCGCCAUGGAGACAGACACUGUGUACUCUGGUGUGAGACUCCAAAACAUGAAACGUGAACUUUUCCUCUCUAAUAACUUGAAUUGAUUUUGUGUUCUACACUGUAUGUAUAAUUAUGGGUUUUUCAGUGUGUUACAAUGACUUGUAAUCUG